AUGUCGUCUCUCGGUACCUCCUUUGUGCAAAUUAAAUUUGAUGACUUGCAGUUUUUUGAAAACUGCGGUGGAGGGAGUUUUGGGAGUGUCUAUCGAGCCAAAUGGAUAUCACAGGACAAGGAGGUGGCUGUAAAGAAGCUACUCAAGAUAGAGAAAGAGGCAGAAAUACUCAGCGUCCUCAGUCACAGAAACAUCAUCCAGUUUUAUGGAGUAAUUCUCGAACCUCCCAACUAUGGUAUUGUCACAGAAUACGCUUCUCUGGGAUCACUCUAUGAUUACAUUAACAGUAACAGAAGUGAAGAAAUGGACAUGGAUCACAUUAUGACCUGGGCCACCGAUGUAGCCAAAGGAAUGCACUAUUUACAUAUGGAGGCUCCUGUCAAAGUGAUUCACAGAGAUCUCAAGUCAAGAAAUGUUGUUAUAGCAGCUGAUGGGGUGUUGAAGAUCUGCGAUUUUGGUGCCUCACGGUUCCACAACCAUACAACACAUAUGUCCUUGGUUGGAACUUUCCCGUGGAUGGCUCCUGAAGUUAUCCAAAGUCUCCCUGUGUCUGAAACUUGUGACACAUAUUCCUAUGGUGUGGUUCUCUGGGAGAUGCUAACAAGGGAGGUCCCCUUUAAAGGUUUGGAAGGAUUACAAGUAGCUUGGCUUGUAGUGGAAAAAAACGAGAGAUUAACCAUUCCAAGCAGUUGCCCCAGGAGUUUUGCUGAACUGUUACAUCAGUGUUGGGAAGCUGAUGCCAAGAAACGGCCUUCUUUCAAGCAAAUCAUUUCAAUCCUGGAGUCCAUGUCACUCGAUUCGAAGCUUUCUGACCAGUGUAACUCAUUCCUGCACAACAAAGCAGAAUGGAGGUGUGAAAUUGAAGCAACUCUUGAGAGACUGAAGAAACUAGAACGUGACCUCAGCUUUAAAGAGCAGGAGCUCAAAGAACGAGAAAGACGGCUAAAGAUGUGGGAGCAAAAGCUGACAGAGCAGUCCAACACCCCGCUGCUGCCUUCCUUUGAGAUUGGUGCUUGGACAGAAGAUGAUGUGUAUUUUUGGGUUCAGCAGCUCGUCAGAAAAGGCGACUCUUCAGCAGAGAUGAGUGUGUAUGCAAGCUUGUUUAAGGAAAACAACAUUACUGGAAAGCGACUGCUUCUUCUCGAGGAAGAAGACUUGAAAGACAUGGGCAUCAUCUCCAAGGGGCACAUCAUCCAUUUAAAGUCAGCCAUUGAGAAAUUAACCCACGAUUACCUAAAUUUGUUUCACUUCCCACCACUGAUUAAGGGCUCAGCAGGUGAACCAGAAGAAAAUGAGGAAAAAAUAGUGAAUCUUGAACUUGUUUUUGGUUUUCACUUGAAACCAGGGACUGGCCUACAGGACUGUAAGUGGAAAAUGUAUAUGGAGAUGGAUGGGGAUGAAAUUGCAAUAACCUACAUCAAAGAUGUGACAUUCAACACUAACCUACCUGAUGCAGAGAUUUUAAAGAUGACAAAGCCCCCGUUUGUAAUGGAGAAGUGGAUUGUAGGAAUAAUGGAAAAUCAGACUGUAGAAUGCACUGUCACAUAUGAGACUGAUGUUAGAACUCCAAAAAGCACUAAACACAUCCAUUCGAUUCAGUGGAGUAGAACGAAACCUCAGGAUGAAGUGAAGGCCGUCCAGCUUGCCAUUCAGACGUUAUUCCCCAACUCAGAGGGCACCCCUGGAAGCAGGUCUGACUCAAGCGCUGAUUGCCAGUGGCUGGAUACUCUGAGGAUGCGGCAGAUUGCAUCCAACACUUCCCUACAGCGCUCCCAGAGCAACCCCAUCCUGGGGUCCCAAUUCUUCCCCUAUUUCAGUGACCAGGACUCCUAUGCAGCUGCGGUGAGGCGGACCCAGGGGCCCAUGAAGUAUCAACAGAUUACACCUAUAAACCAGUCCAGAAGCUCCUCUCCUACUCAGUACGGACUGACCAAAAACUUCUCUUCUCUGCAUCUUAACUCCAGGGAUAGUGGCUUUUCCAGUGUUAAUACUGACAGCUCUUUAGAGAGGGGGCGAUACUCUGGUAGAAGCAGGAACAAAUAUGAUCGAGUUAGCCACUCACUCAAUUCUUCUCCGAGAGGAAGACACAGUGGGAAAAGUCAGCAUUCCACUCCUUCAAGAGAAAGAUAUUCUGGAAAAUUCUACAGGGUUUCUCAGUCAGCGUUCAAUGCUCACCAGUCACCUGACUUCAAGAGAAGCCCAGAUGCCUCCCAUCAACCCAGGACCAUCCCAGGGAUGCCUUUGUGCACUGUCACGGACUCACGAGCCAGUGAGGAGGAGAGCAGAGUCAGCGAAGGGGGAUGGACAAAGGUGGAAUACCGCAAGAAACCCCACAGGCCCUCCCCUGCCAAGACCAACAGAGAAAGGCCCAGAGCAAACUUCCGAGGAAGGAGAAACUUUUGA